AUGAACUUCGGCGAUUAUGACGAUUUUACCCAGGAUAACAACCCAUUUGCAGGCUCGGAUCAUCAUUUUUCAAACGGAAUAGUCAAUUCUUAUGAGGAUGUCCAUUCAAGUCCUCUUAACGCACCUUUAUCCUUAUCUCCUCAAAAAAAUCAACCGUUAUCAGUCAAUGAUUGCUAUACUAUAGUAGGUUAUCAAGUGCUUGGAGCCGUUUUCUACAAAAUCCAUCUCAAUGGCGAUGUCAACGACGAUCUUGUUUUCAGACGCUAUUCCGAUUUUGUAUCACUUCGUUCUUAUCUUAUCAAGUUCUUCCAGACAAAAGUGAUACCACCUGUUCCUGAAAAACAUUCAAUUAGUCGUUUAUUGAAGCAUCCAUUCAAUUACAGGUCCGAUAAACAGAUCAUUGAUCGAAGAAUUAGGUUGCUUAACUAUUUCUUGAAGCGACUAUUGGCAGAUGAGGAGAUCCGACAGUCCGAGUUUGUCGCCAGGUUUCUUGAUCCUAGAGAAAAAUACUGGUCUAAGAUCCUUCAUGGUCCCCCCUUCACAAACCUGUCUUCUAAAUCGAUCUAUCUCACUUCUCCACGUGAUCCAACAACUCCCAGUCCUUACUUUGCGUUUCUCCCUAUUCCUCCUAGAGGCCAAAUCCGUAAUUACCAGUCGGAUUUGAAUGAUUCAGUGUUUCGUCCUUUGGAAUCAAGGGCACGAAAGUUGUUGAACAUUGUAAGACGCUUGGAAUCCACUGCCAAUAAAACUAUUAGGGAUUUCCAAUCCAACAGAGAGGCAUUGAUUGAACUGGGUGGCUUUUUCAAUAUAUUCAGUAUCAUUGAGGAUCAACAUGAAGUGAUUGAACACUUCGGUAAUAAGAUUGAUCUAAACUUCCUCAACAUUGAAGUAUUCGUUAGCUCUCUGACGAUCUACAUAAAGGAGAAGUUGAUGGUGAUAAGGCUUACUCUACUUGUGAUCUUACCUCUUCUUCAUUUCCGUAAGAUGAAAGAAGUCCAAUUGGGGUAUCUUCAGGACAUCAUUCUUCGUAGGCAGGCGCGAUUAAAGGACAUAACGGGAAGAGUUUUGGGAGAAGAAAGGUUGGAUGAGGUAAUUAGAAAGGGGGAAAUUCAAUCUCCCAGUUUGAGCAAAGCCAUAGCGAACUUAAAAGCGAAGAGAAACGCUGUGGAAAGGCUUGAUGAAGCAGACAAUGAAACCAUUGAAGACUCGCUGAGUAAUAUCAGUCUUCCGCAGAGUUGGAAUAGAGCCAUAUCUGCAUCUGAGGACCCCGAUACUACCACCACCACCAAUAAUACAAUGGGCACUCGUCAUAAGGCUGUCGAUAAGAUGAGCGUGAGCGAAUUACAGGUAGAAAUGGUUCAACUUAGCAGAGAACUCAAUAGAAAACUCAUCCCAUGCUUUGACAGCUUGACAAAGGAUGUGGAGUACAUUAGCAUAGGAGUUGAACGCAGCGUAAACGCAGAAAUGAAGUGUUCAGUGAAAAUGCUACAGGAAAUAAUAGGAAACUGGAAACAACAGGUGUUUGGAGAAUAUAUAAAGAGCUGUACAGAGGUGUGGGGGAGGUAA